CACAAUAAAUCCUUCAAGAAAAGAAAAUUAUAGUUUUCAUCUCACAAAUUUCAUAUAUUGGAAAUCAUGGCCCUGUCCAACAAAAUUGGCUUCUUCAUCAUCCUCCUUGUGUGUGGUAUGAUUCUAGAGGGUAAAAAUGGAAAUGCCGAGACGAUUUGCACUCUAGAAUGCAACACAAAGGCGGUGUAUAUCCGCUGCUUACCAGACAAUAAAAAGACAAAAAUAGGCUCAGGCGGCUGCACCAAUUGCUGUUCUACAUGUUUUGCCGUAUAUAAAAUUAUUGUGACCAUGGAUGAUGCUUUGAACAAACUUCUUGGUGUGUUGAAAAAUAUCUUUUAUGGAAGAGUUGAGUUUCAUGACGGGGUCUGUAUAGCUUAUGAUCAUGUGGAUGAAAUUUUGAAGACGCUCCACUUAUUUCGUCAUCUUUUAGAUCUAUCGUAUUCUGACUCUGAGUUAUAUGCGUUCAAUGUGGAAAUCUCUUGCUCGUUACAAGAUUUGGUGCGUGGUACCCCGAUGUCAUUGAGUGAUAUUCCCUUGGAGUUAAAAAGUUUCAAAACAAAGAUGAUGGAUGCUAUAAGGAAUCUUCUCGGUGUUCCCAUUGCUCCACCUGAUCUAGCCCCUACAACCACUCUACACAAUCCUGCACCUACUGACAUAGAAUCUGUGGAGUGUACGGUUGGGGAUUCAGUAAGAGUUCCUGCCGUUGAUGCCGAUGAUGUUUCUGUUGGAGGUAUUGUUAUGGAUUAUAUAGUAGGAUAUUAGAUUAUAUAUUUAUUAGUUUAAUAUUAAUAUUAUUAUUAUUAUUAUUAAUAUUAUUAUUAUUAUUGUAAUGUAGAUUUUAUUAGGUGAGCAAAAUUAUAAGCUCCUUCGAGGUUUCUUUACGGUUCUUUUCCUCGUCGCUUUUAUUGAACCGUCAGGUUAGGUUUAGGGUUAGCUAGGGUUACUUUGUCUCCUAUAUAUAGAGAUGUAACUCCUUUAGAAUAAUUCAAUCAAUAAACAACUCAAAACCCU